AUGCCACCUAAGAAAGGACAGUUCCCGGAAAGGCCACCCACUUUAGCCGAAGCCUUGUACCAGGGCAAAGAGAUCGGCACAAAGCCCGACAACUACGAGCAGAUCUUGAAAGAUUUGAAUCUGGAUGCCCUCAAGAAGCAGGAACAGAAGGAGCCUGAAAAGAAAGUUGAAACGACGAAGGUUGUCACCAGCACCAAACCAAAGCAGGCAAAGAAGGAGACUUCUUUGAAGGCAGUCAAACAGCUCGAUGCUCACAUUGACGCUCCGAUUCCUGCCGAAGCCCCUCCAUCUAUCAAUUCGACCUACAUUCUUCCAACAGAAUGUGAGGCCGUGACAAACCUACAAAUGGACUAUUUGUUGAACCGCAAAUCCGCCUUUAUUCGUUCUGUUAUCAGCUCCCGUGUCUUUUCCUCUCUCGGGUUUGGCUUAUUUACAAUGAUCGCCUACUACAAAGUUGGUGACUACUUCACCGAAUAUACAUUCAAAAAGGGCACCUGGAACGGAGUGAAGUCGUUGUACAAAAAUGGUUAUUUUAUUGACGAUGCUAUCACAAUGUUGUUUAUGAUUGCCAUGCUUGUAGCCACAUUUUUCACGUUCUUGAAAUUCCUUUCCAAUCCAUUACAACAGGAAGCUGACACAGUACCAAAGAAUUUUGAAAAGUAUUUUGGAAUAGACCUCAAUAAAUACGCGGCUUUGUCUGAUGUGGAGAAAAACUACAACAAGUUGAAUAAGGCCGACAAGGACUUGGUCAAACAUAUGAAAGACAAUACUUUCUGUAUUGUCUACAGAGACGUCCCUGUUGCAUUUUUAGCAUGCAAGCAGAAAAAGUCUACUUCCGAUGACAAGGUCGAUGUUGAGAUUUCUGCAUAUGCUGUUCGAAGGGUCUAUGUCAAGGCUGAACUUUUCAAGGAUUUGAUCUCGAUGGUCUUCAAAAAAUUUGUCACGAACGAAAAAAGUAAUGUCAACCAAAUUUCAGUCGACGUUUACAAUUUCGAGACAUUUGACAUCAACAUUCUCAAGAGGGCAGGAUUCUACAGACAAAAAAGACACAGCUUGGGCUUUUUGCUCACUUCUGUUUUGGGAAUGACCAAAGACACAUAUGUCUUUGAGUCGGAAUCGAUCGAGUUCUGA